AUGAUGCUGCAGGACGUUCUCAUCUUCCUCGUCAAAGUGGGCUUUGGCCUGCUGCUGAGGCAGCACAUCUACAUGAUCAUCCGCGAGGAUGUCGGACCGCUCGCAGAGCGCUACUUCCGCUGGAGAAACGAGCAGCAGCGCGAGAACGAGCGCCAGGCCGAGGCCGAGCCCGAGGCUGAGGACGUCCGCAAUGCCGAACCUGAGGAGGCUCAUGUCCCCAAGAGAGCCAAGGUCAGAAAGACUACCUAUAGACGCUACAAACGUCGCGGCGGACAUGCGAACCCCCGACAGCGCAAGGCUAGGCAUGCUGAGGAGCGUCGCCGAGCUGCUGCUGCUGCCGCCAGGCGUCGUGAUGAGUAA